GGUGGGUUGUGUUUAGGAGUAGUAUUAACAUGAGACAGUGAUGGUGGGUUGUGUUUAGGAGUAGUAUUAACAUGAGACAGUGAUGGUGGGUUGUGGUUUUGUUGGUUUAGAUGCACACACUCAGUGUCACUUCCCUGUUCUACUUUCCUAUCUGUCCUCUCACAGACCUCCUGAAUCAUAUCAGAAAUCUAUAUCUGCACUCUAGACUAUUCAGAAUAUGUUCCUCUGUGGCUCAGUUUGUAGAACAUGGCUCAAAGACUGUACAUUGCUUUUGAUAAGUAAAUGGCAAUAUGUAUGGACAGCAGACUACAAUAGACCACACAGUCAGUACAGCAGGCUAUGGUGAUGUUCAAUCAUGCCUCUCCUAGAUACAGCUUCUACCAGUACUGUACAACAGAGGAGGCUGGUAUACAGGAGGAUGGGCUCAUUAUAAUGGCUGGAAUGACAGGAACAUCAUUCAAUUUAUUCCUAUUUCUUCCCAAAUGAAUGAGGACAUCAUGAGGACUGGGGGCUGCAGUAAUGUAGCGAUGCCAGUAGGUGGAGCGCUAGUCUAGAACACUGAACCUUCAGUACCACUUUGAUGCAGCUGAUGAGGAGUGAUGGUCAUGGGUGUUUAAAUGGAAUGGGUUCUAAUUGAAUAACAUCAAUGAACUUUGACCUGUAUAUUCAGAACUCAGAAGGGCAAGACUGCAGGGUGGGAGAUGCAACAAUGGUCUUGAGAACAGCAGGAAGUGUGUUGGUGGUCUUUCUCUGGUCUGUGACAGUGGUACUGGGUCAGGAUGGCUGGAGUGUUACAUACACCACUCAGAGUAUCUGUACCUUGAAGGGGUCAACAGUGGAUCUGUUCUGCUCUUACACAUAUCCCAGUGGUCAUAAAGUCACAACAACCUUCUGGUUCACUAAAAUGGAGGCUGGUAUAGAACCUGAAGAUCUAGGUCAGGACCCAGAGUAUGCAGGUCAUCUGGAGUAUCAUGGAGAUAAGAAGAAAGAAUGUACCCUGAAAAUCACAGACUUGAGAGAGAGAGACUCAGCUACGUACAAGUUCAGAUUACUAACAGAUCAGGAAGGAGGGAAAUAUUCUGGAAGUCCUGGAGUCACUCUGUCUGUCACAGGUCUUCAGGUGAAGGUGACUGGAGGACAUCAGGACAAGACACUGACCUGUAUCACCACCUGUACUCUGACUGACAACCCCACCUACAUCUGGUACAAGAACGGACAACAUCUAGAUGAGAGCACCUCCCCCAAGUACAAAUACUCAGUCUCCAAUGACUAUGAAGACAGUUACUCCUGUGCUGUAAAAGGCCAUGAGGAUCUCCACUCUCCUGCAGUUUGUGAGUGUUUAUUUAUUAAGGGACAGAUUGACAUUUACUGUGGGUCGGGACAGGACUGGUCUUCAAAGUUUAAAAUAUUUUCACAUGACCCUCCCCUUGUACUGUAAAAUAAAUUGAACACCCUCCCCCUCAUAGAAUUAACUCAAAAUCAUGUUUACGAACACAAAUAAGAAUAACUGUAGCGACCUGCAUUUAUAAACGUGAAUACCGACUGAUCGAUGCCACGCAGGGCUACGGGCCAGAAGGUUGAGGGUUCCCGACCACCACAGACAAGCUCACCCUGCCUGUUCUAUUACACUGUGAUCAUAUACAAAAUAUAUGCAACACAUUUUCCACCAACAGGUUUCUGUUCCAAUGCAGCACACAGCCAAUAAACAAAGCAUACAGACUUCAGGCACUUCAAUGUCAUGGUUUGUGUUUUCAACACCACAAUAAAUAGACAAUGUAAAUCUGGACAAACAGAGAACACAUCCCUCCCUACCUUGUAGUCUUACCCAGUAUUGAAGGCUUGACAAUCUCUGAAUGUCAUUCAACUUGUUGGUGUUUUGUAACUAAUGUCUCUUUCCGUUCAUCAAAUGGCUGCUGCUCAGUUUGGAUUGAUUGACUGAUUGAUUUUAUUUGUCAGUUAAAGAAAUACAUAUAUAAACCAUAUUAUUUUAAGUGACCAGGAUUGUUGUUUUAAAGGAUUGUACAAUAAAGUUGGGGACUUAUAUCCAUUGUG